AAUCUCUCUCUCUCUCUCCCUCUCGCCUGCAAAGGAGAGAAGGCAGGGAGGCGCAUUAAAAAUCACGAGUGGUCGACAGAGGUCUACAAAGGACGACAGUUUAUUAACUCUUCUGGAGAGAAAAAAAAAAGGUGAUGGCGGUGGCGGUGUCCAGGGAUUUAACGGUGCAGGUGCUGGAGGAUGUGAAUGCUGCCAAGCUGACUGACAGACAGCAGGCUCUGCGUGCUGCCAUCCAGAGAGGAGAACCCAAAUGUCUGGGGGUGAGUCAGGUGAUGCUGGGGCUGAUGGUCAUGUCCUACUCCAUUCCUCUGCACUACGUUGAGUACACUGAGGUCAUCAGCUUGGGAGUUCCCUGGUGGAGCGGCCUAAUGUUCAUCACAGCAGGAGUGGUCGCUAUCAUCCUGGACAAACACUGCACCAUGAAGAUUCUGCAGGUGUGUUUGAUAGUCAGCGUGGUGUCCACUGUGCUGGCAGUGGUGGCCUUGAUUAUCUACUCUGUGGAUCUGGGCAAGAAUCCCGAGGCGCCCUGUAUCAAGGCGGCACACGGCCACUGUAACAAUGAACACUACUCCACGAGGCUGAGCAGAGGAGUGAAGUCGUCCCUCCUUCUCUUCACCCUGGCUCAGACAGCCGUCUCUGCCGUUCUCUGCUUCCUUCUCUUCAGACAGAGACGCAGCUUCGGACCAUACAGUUAUCUCACUGAAGGUGCUUCAUCCGGCCCACAACCUCUCAUCCCCCCCAGCCUGAACUGACCAAGCACUGGACCAGCAGAGGUGACAGAUCAGCUCUCAUCAAGACGAUUGAUCGACUGUCAUCACGAUGGGCUGUUGAUUGAACAUCUUUCACAGAGGUGACGGAUCACCUGUUGUUCAGAUUGAAUUUGUUUAUCUACUUGUCUAUGACUUAUCCACUGUGCUACCUGACAUGUUGAGGAGCUGAGGAGCCUCAGCUUUUCUUUCUUUUUUUUUUUUUUUUUUAAUCAAGGUGUGUCAAGACCUGAAUGUGACAUUCUUUGUUGAAUAUAAAUGAAUAAACAUUGGCAUAAUGGCUCAUAAAUGACACAUAGACAAAUUAACUGAAGGAGAUGGAGGAAAGGUGGGAAAAAGGCAUCCUGAAACAUGACUUUUGUGGCAAUGAAAUGUGAAAAUGUAUCCUGAUAACAUAGUAAGCUUUCUGGGUGGUACAGGACCCAAAGUGCAGCCAUGUGUGCAGGACGUGGUGGCUGCAGUGCUCACAGUGCACCUGAGCCACAGAGGGAGCAUGUGGCAUAUACACAAAACAACUGUUUGCAUACGUUUUCCAGUUUCCACCAAUCUAAUGUGCAUUAAAAGCUGUGCUGAGGUCACCUGUGUGUGACUGUGGCCGAAGGCUUUCUGGAGACUCUCAAACAGAGUGGAUCAAAAUCCGUCCAACAAACAGAACCAUUCAUUUGACUCAAAAAUCUCAACUCAAGGUUCAUAUUCUAGCUCUUCCAGUGCUUUCCACCAGAUCACAUGGUCUUUAUCAGUAGGUGAAGUUUGCUCUUGUUAACAUGCAAUCUCACUAGAUCAGCUGCAUCCUCUGAUGAAGAGGAUGUGUGAUUUGGCUGAAAGCAUCUUAAAAAGCUAGAUAUGUAAAGACGAUUGGAUAAAACAGGAAGUCCAAACCUGAUCCAGACCUAUCCUCAUAGACUCAGGACUGUAGACCCUCCUCUUGGAUCAGAGGAAUCCUUGUCACUUAUUCUGUGUCUUCUAUUUGUUCUGAGUCACCAAAGGUACUGCAGUGCCCCGAGUCACUACAACACCAAACUGGUUCAGGGUCACUGCUGGGGAAGGCCUCACUGCACUAUCAGUGCUGCACUUUGCUCCAUGUGCUCACACAGACAGAGAGCCCCCUGACUUGUCUCCUGUUCACCUGAGAAACUUUUUUUUUUCAUGCUGUAGCUGUAGUUUUCUGUUUUCAGCUUUGGAACAGAUGUGUUUAUGGCACAAAGUAUACAGUAUCAUGUGCACUUUUAUUUUUCUAGACUUUGUUUACACAGUGUUAUAAAAGAUAUGCUCAUCCGUUCUGUGCUAACUCUGAUAUAGUGUGGUUUAUUUUAUACAAAAUAAAGUCAUAUAUACAUAUAUAUGAAUUAAAAACCCGUGGUCACAUGAGA